UCGCCGCGAGUGGCCAUGUUGUUACGCCUCGGAUCGAGUCCAUCCCAGAGAACUCCCUCCCUGCAGUGAGUCCACACCCGCCCGACGCAUCUCACCGCCCCGCUGACACAAAGCGCGCGCACCGGCGGCCCCGUCGGAGCCGCCGCGGCGCCCGAUGGCCUACCGCCGGAAGGCCCACCCCCAGCCGCCUCCGCCGGCCUCCUUCGAGCACCACCACCCGCCGUCCGUGGGCCCCGCCUCCCCUGACUCCCUCGCUGCGCAGGCCAUGCGCGCCUCCGCCGCGCACCGCGACGCCUCCUCCCUCGCCUCCGCCUACUCUUCCUCCGCCGCUGCCGCUGCGCGCCGGAGCCACGAGCCUUCCGUCUCCACCCCGUCCCCUGAUUCUUCGGGUUAUGAAUACACAUCCAUGAAAAGCUUGAACGAGGCCAAGUACGGAUUCUGGGGCGCGCUUGCGCGGAAAGCAAAGUCAUUUCUCGAUGAGGAUGGUUCCCCGGGGCAAUAUGAAUCGCCAACGAGGCAGGAGCCACGAAGAGAUGGUGUGUCGGUUAGUUUCCAGCAUCCACGUUCACAACAGUCGCCUGGAGAUACUUGGAAAUCUGAGACACCUCCAUCUCAGAAGAGAUCUGAGGCUAUAUCUUCCUCCCUUAACUAUAUUGGAGGAACAAUAAAAAGCGCACUUGAAGAAGGUCGGACCAUUGUAGAGAAUAAAACGGCCGACAUUAUUCAUGAGACACGCAAAUUGAACAUAAGAAGAAAAGGAGUUUGUUCAAAUACACAAGGAGAAGCUGCUCACAAACUUACUCAAAGAUAUCUUCCUCAAAAUCCACUUGACCAUGAAACUCAGUUGAAGGCAUCUCGCGACGUUGCUAAUGCCAUGGCUGCAAAAGCAAAGCUUCUAUUACGUGAGCUGAAGACUGUGAAGGCAGAUUUAGCUUUUGCAAAGGAGCGUUGUGCUCAGCUUGAAGAAGAGAAUAAAAUGUUGCGUGAAAGUUAUGACAAGGGAGAUAAUCCAGAAGAUGAUGAUCUGAUCCGCCUUCAACUAGAAACACUAUUAGCUGAGAAGGCGCGGCUAGCACAUGAGAACUCUGUGUAUGCUCGAGAAAACAGAUUCCUGCGAGAAAUUGUGGAGUACCACCAGCUUACUAUGCAGGAUGUCAUUUAUGUCGAUGAAGGCAUCGAAGAGGUCACAGAGGUCUACCCUACACAAGUGUUACCACGCACUGGAUCUGGUCUGGGUCGUCCAGCAACUCCAGCUGCGCCAAAACCUGCUAGUUCAUCUCUAGGUGCAUCCAUGGUCGUUCCAGAAUCUUGCCCCAUUGUACCAGCUUCUCCAAAAUCCCUUCCACAGGCUUCAUCUCUUAGCAAUAGAGCAAGCCUGCUGCCACCAACCAUCGCAGAAGAGUAAGGUGGUUGGCAAUGAUAAAUUCUGUGCGCCAUUGUUCAUCUAAUCAAGGUUCCGCGGUUUUUUAUACCUGAGUGUUGUUGCGAUUGAGCUGUGGCCUCUCAAAUGUGAGAGAACUGUGUUCCAUGCUUCGGAUGUUUGUUGUGUAACUUAUGAGUUAUUCUCUUGCGUAACCUAUUUCAUCCUGAAAACUGUGCAUUA